AUGUCUUCUUCCUCCCUUCGCAGCUCUCCCCUCGCCAUGCGAGCAGCUUCAUCAUUCCGCCCUUUCGCAGCCACGCGCUCCUUCCGGACCGGCAGAGUCAUGAUGGCAUCCAAGGAGACCGCUGAACGUACGUCUAGCUGCUCCUCCUCCUCCUCCUCCUCCUCCUCCUCAAUGUCACCUUUCCAAACAUACAUUCCCUGUAUCGCUAACGUACGUCGCCCCUCGUGCUGCAGCAUCGGAAGCCCGCAAGCAGGAAAUCGAAAGCGAAAAGCAACAGCAAUUGAAAGAGCAGAAGGAAGGCAAAGCGGAGUGGAAGCAGGCCCUGGCGAGCGAGAGCGAGAGUGUGGUAUGUUACACCAAGGAGAGAGUGAAGGCGAUAGUGUGUCGUUCGCAUGUGCUGAUACGCUGAGGUCAGGUCAAAGCAGACCGCGGCGAACUCAAAGCGGAUAAGGGGACGAUUGCUGAAUUACAGAAGGAGUCGGCGAAGGCUGCCGAGACGGAGAAGAAGGGCCAGCAAUAG